AUGCUACUACGAUUUUCAUCAGCACUAAGCGUGCUCAUAACUUUUGACAUCUGUUCGAGCGCGAGUCCUUUGAAGAACAAUGAAGCCAGAGACUAUCCCACCAUAAUAGGAAAUCCAGCUGGAUUCUCGCUAGAAGUGGAAGCAGUGACCAUAUCUAGUAACAGAAGUCGAAGCCGAUCUCGUGGUGGAUUCAUAGAACUCAACGAAAAUGAUCUGGCGGCUCCAGGUAGCACCUCAGUAGUUACGCCGGGCUUGAUGGUCGACAAAUCAUGGAUGAUUGCCAUCGAGAUAGGAAUCCCAGCACAAAGGCUCCUGCUCACAGUCGACACGGGCGCUUCAAGCUUCUACGUUUACAAAGAAGUUCCCGGGGAAAUAUUCCGUGUAUGCUACUCAUUCGGAUGCUUCUGGGGCCCCGUUCGACAGGAAUUCGUCAAAGUUGGUAAUCUGGCUUUGACUAAUUAUAAUUUCGAAAUGGUAACUGGAACAAGUGCAAGAUUCAGAUUAGGAGGCCCUGCUUCUGGUACGUUUGGCCUGAAUCGAGAGGUGAACAUGCCAACGGGUCCAACUCUAUGGCUAAAUUGGAUCGGUGCGAUCAAGGACUUCCUUGAUAAUCCCCUCUUCACUAUCGACUACCAUAAAUCGACAUCCUCUGGCACAAUGGAUUUUGCCUUCAUUGAUCAGAGCAAGUACCACGGAGACAUUGGCUGGGCUCCUGCACUUAAUUCUCGUCAUUGGACAGUAGAAAUCAACGGCAUCGUUGCAGGAAAUACGUACUUCCACGGCCCGUUCAACGUCAUCAUCGAUACUGGAGAUCCAGAUGGAAUGCACCUUCCCCAAUGGGCUCUCGACGAGUUUUUUAGACUCAUACCAGGCUCAGUCUGGAAUGAUGCGUCGCGGACCUAUGCUUUUCCUUGUGGCACCAAACUUCCAGACCUGAUAUUUGGUAUUAGCGCAGACCAUAAGGGCACGAUACCAAGCAGUCACAUACACGUUGGAGCUAUUGCUGGUACAUCUGACCCACAGAUGUGUAUAAGCCAACUGUUCUUGGGUCCACCUGAUGAACUUGGAGUUCUCUAUGGCUGGGGUGACACUAUCAUCAUGAGCCAGUUCUUGGUUUUUGAUUAUGGCCAUGAUAGAAUCGGAUUCGCUGCCAAGACGUCUUACUGA